AAUUGAAUCUAUCAUAUGAUAAAUGUGGGAAAAUGUAAAAUAAGCUGGGCAGUAGAUGUCAAAGUGGUUUGUGCGAGGUUAAAAGAUGUUGAAGGCAAAAACAUGUUUUUUAACAUUAGCUUUGAAUUGUUUAAAAUUAUUAAGGAACUACGAAGUUUCUUGGAAAAAGAUGUAAUUGAGGAACUAGUAUUUCAUUUGUUUGUGAUGAGAAUAGAGACAUUUAUGACUGAUAGAAGCCUAAUUUAUUUACAAACUAUUGCAAACAGAAUUCAUGGCAGUGACGAAAAAAGAUUAUUGGCAAGGGAUUUAUUGAAACAAGGAAAGUUUGUUUGGUUUGAGAACUUAGACUCAACAUAUUUAACAAACCAUCAUCAUUUGACUGUCCCCUUGCGUGCUAACGUUUCAUCUCUUUGUUUGUCGUCCAAUGAAGAACUUCUUGCUGUAGGAUAUGAAAAUGGUCAAAUAUCUAUUUUUAAACUUCCAGAAUUUUCAAAAAGAUGCACUAUAGACACUGUAUUAGAUGAUUCAAGGAUGGAUAAGUGGGAUGAUGAAAAGACAUAUACAUUUAUGUCCCUGAUGUACAAAUAUGACUAUCCAACAUUAAAGAAAUUUGGUUUUGUACGUGGAAACAUCUGUUGUUGCUCCUUUUCACCUACCGGAAAUAGACUGGUAACUAGUGAUGGAUCUACUGAAGUAAAGUUGUGGGACGUUAACAAUGGACGUUUGUUAUUAUGUUUACAGUCAGAUGAUGUCGUUAAUCGUUGCUCUUUCUUAGAUUCAGGUUUGUUUAUUACAGCAAGAUAUGAUGGAAUUUCUUCUAAAGAUGUGUUCACUGCAUGGAAUUCAUUAACUUUGCAAAGAAUCGAUCGACGCUGCGUUGUUGAUUACCAAAAACUACAAUGCACCGAUAAAUAUUCAGAGUUCCUUGUUACAAAAUUUGUGAAGACUUCGCAUGUUUUUCAAUUCCCAAAGGCAAUCGAUAUUUUUUCAAAGAAAUAUUUUGAUUCACUACCUUUAGUGACAACACACCAUUAUCGUGAUUGUAUUUUUUAUCAUACAGGCCAGAAUGGAAAGCUUUCUGAAAUCACUCAGUUGACAAAAUACAACGAUCAAGGAGAAGUCGAGUUUUGUUUACCACAUGUUAGGUGUCCAUGUUUUCGGAGGAAUCUUAACAAAGUCCAUCCAAUCUCGUUUAAGGAAUUUUACGUUGUGCCGUAUUUUUCCAAGCUUAAAAUUUUCAAAACUGAUCAUCUUUGGAGACCUUCAUUUAUCUUUGAGAAAUUUGAAAUUAAAUGUUGUUGUUUUCACCGGAUGGAUCUUUUUGCUGCUUUCGCAGUUGGUGACCACGUUACCAUUCAUAUUUGGAGCAUUGAACGUUGCACUAUUAUUCAAACUGUACCAAUGCAACUGAAGAAUGCAUUAGGAUGUUGGUGGUCAGAUGGUUUACUGUGGAUAUGGGAUGGUUCUGAUCAUCUUAUGAAGAUAUCAACUUCGUCUGAAAAUUUUGUAAAUUCUACUCAAGCAAAGCAUGUUAACAUUGGAUUUAAACCUGAAGAAAUCUUAACAUUUGGUGAUGUCUUAGUUUGUAUUGACGAAGAAAAGUUUGUUCAAGUUGUUAGAAUUACCAAGGGUGAGAUACAAUACAACAAAAGACUUCCUGUCCAUAGUUCAAAAUUUAAAGCAGCAGCUGUAUCACCUGAUAAUUCUGUUAUUUUAACUGUAAACAAAACAGAAUACACAUUAUGGAAAUGGGGAAAUAACAACAAUGAACUUUACUUGAAACCUUGGCAUACUGCAGAAAUACCCAUAAUAGCUGUCAUUGAAAAAUUUCUUCCACAACAGAUAACUGUAAAUGAUCUAAUGUUCGACUGCUAUAUAAGUGAUAGUAAACAAGCAGCCAUAACAUUUUCCGAUGGCUUUAAAUGUAUGAACAUUUAUGUAAUUAAUUUUCACGAGAAUGGUGAUGUUAAUGCGAUUAUGCAUGAUGUCAGUAAAUAUUAUUUGGAAUCCGACCUAGUCGUACACAAAUCUUAUUGCAUUGGAGUGGUUGAAUGGCUCUUUGGUCGGUCAUUGGUGGCUGUAGAUUUAAAGAGUGGUGAAAAGUGCGCUGCAUUUGACGGACAUGUAACGUUUAAUAUAACUAUUCAUUCCAAUACAGGAACUUUAGCUAUGGUUCACAACUCAGAUUGCAUAAUUCAAUUUUUAAAACUUAUUGUUCCUGAAUAAAAACAUCAACUCAAACUUUAAUAGUAAGUUCAAAAACCUUUUGAGAAAAUUGCACAUAGAUGUUGAUGGUCGUAAGGAUGAUUGCUUGUUUCCACCUACUAUAGUUUUCUACAGAAGAAGUUUACUUAUUCUACCAGGCAAUCUUUAAGAAAUUAUCUAUAUUUACCAAAAAUAAAUUUGGACCAAUUUUGCAAAAGAUCUUUUAAAUUUAUCGGUACUAUUUCUUGGAAUGUCUUACCUCCUGCUAUUAAAGAAUGUAAAAUAUUAUCAAUGUUUUGCAAUAAUCUGAAACGAUGUAUAAUUGCUUUUUAUAACACAAAUGACUUGUAUUUAGAAAGAGUGCUUGUAUACUAAUUGAUCAUGAAUAUUUGUUUAUUCCUUUCUAAGAUUCUACUUGUAAUCUUCAUAAAUGAAUUGUCAUUUAAACAGGGCAUCCUCUAGAUUAGACUACUACUGUAAGAUGCUCUGUCAAACUUA